AUGGUUUUCUUGAAUUUGCGGUAUUGUGGGGCUCUUCAUUAUCUGCCAAAUGAGCUGGGUGGAUUGCCAUCUCUCACAGAACUUCUCCUUGACCAUUCUGACAUACGAGAAAUUCCUGAUUGGUGGGGUACAGAAAACCUGGGAAAUCCUCACGUUCAAACUUCACCAUCAGCAAAAGCAGGGGAUUCACUCAAUUGUUUAACUUCGCUGGUGACACUUUCAUUAGACAGGACACUGAUUACUCACCUACCCGACUCCAUUGGAUCGCUGACAAAUCUCGAAUGCUUAUCUUUGAAGGGAUGCAGCCAAAUUGAGAAACUUCCUUACUCCAUUAAGGAAUUACGAUCAUUGACCGAGUUAGAUCUAUCCCAUAUAGGACGCACCGACUUACCUGACUCUAUGGAAAGUUUGGAGAAUCUAAAAGCAUUGAAGUUAUGCAUGUAUGAAAGUGCGGAUGUAUCAUCCCUACCUAAACUUCCAGAAAGCUUGACUUCUCUGGCAUUCUUAUCUCUUAGGCAAAUAGCCUUUCCUGAUCUUUCCAACUUGAUCAAUCUGAAGCUACUGAUGUUAUUCGUCGCCACAGUGCUUGAGAUCCCUGGCCCAUCUGAGUUGGCGUGGCUUGGGAGAUUAACCAAAUUGGAAGUCUUGACCUUGGGUUUUCCAAGCAUUACAAACCUACCUCCUGAGUUAGGUGCGCUUCCUCACCUGAAGACUCUUCAACUUUUCAAUUGCUUUGCUCUGGAAUGCAUUCCGCAGAUUCCCUCUGGUGUCACAAAACUUCAUAUUGGAGAUUGCCGGUCACUAACCACACUUGAUAUCUCAUAUUUGAAGAACCUAUCAGAACUCUAUGUCUUGGGAUCACCUGUAGAGGAUCUUUAUGGGAGUGAACUUUCAGACAAUCUGGAAGAACGGAAGAUAAGUAGGGACUAUGGGGUCGGUUCACGAAUAAGUUUUAUGGAGAUCUAUUACCAGGGCAUCCCUGAGGCUGUCAGACUGAGAGCAAAGAGGCGGAUGUGCAUGCUGAUCCAGAAUGACUAA